CACAUGUUUAUGACCCCGCCCUCAGUUUGUUCUUCUUCCUUUAAAAGACACUUGAGCGCGCACUUGAAAACAAACGCACCCGUUUUCAGGCUCGGAAACUUUCAGCUUUAUUGAAAAACUGGGCUCUCCUCUCGUGAAAUCUCACCAUCUUUUGGAUAUUUAGCAAACUUUGAAAAGUAGGAUCUUCCGAACAAUAAGACGGAAAUGGCUGCUCGGACAUCUAAGGUUCCCAGCUGCACUCACCCUCUUUGUUUGCAGUGCAGGUCAGGCUGCGGACUCUUCACUUCCCAGCCUCCAGUCACAGCAGUCACAGAUGGAGUCCCUCAUAGUCUUCCUGUUCGUGAUUUCUUGCUCUGUAGCUCUUCAGCAGGAUGUGCAGGCGAAGUUUGGAGAGGACGUCACUCUCCAGUGUCAGAUUACUACAGAUGAAAGAAUCUCAGUGGUAAAGUGGAGCAGACCUGACCUGAACACCGACGGCUACGUCUACUUCUACAGGAACAAACGAUUCUAUGAAAACUACCAACAUCCAUCUUUUCAUGGCCGAGUGAAGCUGAGGGACCCGGAGAUGAAGGAUGGAGACGUUUCUGUGAUCCUGAAGAAUGUCACGUUUAAUGACACUGGGAUGUAUGAGUGUCACAUAGCAGUGAGGAACCCUGUGAGAAGUAAAAGAGCUCACACUGAGAUCAGUCACUUCAUUGACCUCACAGUCACAGGUGAAACAGAUGAAAAAUUGUUGCAGCACCAAAUCGUGGAAAGUGAAGCUGGAAACAUCCAGGAUGUUGGAGACGUAGUAACUCCAACUCUUAUAAUGGGUGUUUGUUAUGUUGUGGUUGCUUUUAUUGUUGUUGGUUUUCUGACAUUAUUCAUAUUUAAAAGAAUUCAGUUAAAAGGACUAAAGGUUACAGUCCCUGAUAAUGCAUUGCUUUAGAUGGCGAGACUCUUGAGGGACGGCUGUUAUGAGGAAAGGCAGCCCAGAAACUUUGCAAGCAGCACACGUCAUUGUUGCCUCAACUUUCAGUCUUUUACCCAGGCUAAUCUGCCAUUUUCCUUCCUUGGUUAGGUUUAGGGAUUAGAGAUCGAUCUAGAUUAUCAUAUUAAGAUUUGGGACACAUCGCCAGUACUGGACCUUGGAUUCAUCGGGUUUUUCGGACAUUAUCACUAGACACCCUCAUCAAGGAGGCCCUGCCAGGGUUGAUCAGGCCCUGCAGUGUGUCACUGGUUAAUGUUAAAUUGUUAUUUCUUUUCUUCUGUUUAGUUUCCUACAGUUUAUUUUCUAUCUACUGCAACUGAGAAAUAAUGCUUAACUCUUUAGCAUUUAUGAAGCCGUACUUCUUCAAAGGGAUAGAAAAGGUGAUGUAAGACAAAAGGGACAAGAUAGGAGAGAGCAGAGAGGAGAGCCGGAAGAGAGGCGUCCGAUCUGGCUUCCCACACCUCCCCGCCGGAUCAGGCUGUACGCUCUACCUCCCCACUGCCUCCCAGAAAAGGGAAGAAGAGCAGAAUAUUUCUUUUCUCUCAUGGUUAGCUGAUUGCCUUAGUUGCCCAAGUGAUGUCGGCCCUUUUUAGCCAUAGCCAGUGACUGGUCCUCUCAACAGUGUUAGCUAGUUUUCUUUUAGCCUGCCGUUGCGCCUGUCCUCUGAUUCCAAUCUUUCUAAGCAGUUUUGCUGAUGUACUGGCAACAAAGCCCCUGCAACCCACUUCCACCAGGCGCACCUUGAUCUUCCAGCCUCUGUCCUCUGGAAGUCAAUUUAACAUGUCCAGAAAUAUGAUUUUAUAGAAAGAAAAUUUACAGAUUUGAUGAACUAACACUGAUAGCGACUUUGCCAGGCAGCUAAGCAACAUGGCCUUUUGGUUUAAAAGUGAAAAAUAAGAAAUAAAAAGACUGUUCUGUGGUUAUCAAAAACAUAACAGCUCUGCAAACUCCUCAAAUAAACAGCAAAUUCAGCCUGGAGCUUCUCACUGAAAAUAAACAUAAUAAAAUAAAUAGAAAAUUCUGAAGAAAAUCACAAAAAAUGUUUCCGAUUGGUGCUAAAAAAGGAUUCAGAUUGUAAGAGUUACUGAAUUGUCCAAUAACUUGUUUGUUGUUUGUGUACUGUCAUCAGUCUGUGUUUGAUGUUGAUCCAGAAUAAUGUGAAACAACGAUCCUUGUAUCCUCACGAGAGUUUGCACAAAGUCGUAUGGUGCUGUUUAAUAACAGAUGUGUGUUUAGCUCAGUGUCAGUGUCCUUUGCACGAGUGGUCACCUGCUGCUUUUAACUCUUGACCUUUUUUUGUAAACGCGGUAUACUGGUUUGUUCUGGUUUCUUUCGGUCUGUUGUGUAGGACUGUUCACCUGCACAUCUGCCCUAAUUACCAGUAUGAUGUUCAGAAAUGUCUUGGCCAUCAAAUUAUUAAUAAAUAAAAAAAGAAUAAAAACUGAAAAAGGAAACACAGAAUGUGUCACAACUUUCUUUCAGAUGCAAAUUUAGCCCACUCAAGCUUUUAAUUAACUCUUUAAAUUCAAUCAAGUAAAAAAAAAAAACUUCACACAUUCACUGAAAUAGAACAUAUGACAUGAUGUACAAACUGGGUGUGUGAUUUUUGCAGACCUGCUGACUGUCAGGGAGAUUUGAUGCUGUGAAGAGAAACAGGUUUAGGCUUUCAGAGCGAGAGGAUGAUGAUGUUAGGUGAACACCCACAACAUCUGUGGAGGAGGGUGAACAAAUCCCAUCUGAUCCUCAUUUGUGCUGCAGAAGUCACAACGCUUUGAUUCAAAGCAGGUCACACAAGAACCCCAAACUAUAGAGAAAUGCCCCAGUUCCCUAAACUCAAUCGAAAGAAGUUUCUAUUUCUGUAACAUUUAACAGAGAUAAAUCCUCCACAACUCUUCUGUCAUAUGAAAGAAUCUAUUUUUGUAAUAUACAGGGAGUGCAGAAUUAUUAGGCAAAUGAGUAUUUUGUCCACAUCAUCCUCUUCAUGCAUGUUGUCUUACUCCAAGCUGUAUAGGCU